GGCCGCCGAAGCCGCGGAACGUGGGCUCGCGCCCCGCCUUUGUCUCCCGGGCGCGAGCCACCGCAGCCCCGCGCCCGCCGCUCGCUGCCAGAGCCGCUUUGUGCCGCGGCGCGGGGGACGGGGACGCGGGGCGCGGAGCCGGCGGGCGCAGCCUCAGCAUGGACGUGACCGUUUCGGAGCUCAUGGAGCUCUUCCUGCAGAGCCCGCUGGUGACCUGGGUGAAAACUUUUGGCCCCUUCGGAAGCGGCAACCAGGACAACCUGACAAUGUACAUGGAUUUAGCGGACGGCAUCUUUUUGAACCAAAUCAUGUUGCAAAUAGAUCCCAGGCCAACAAAUCAACGCAUCAACAAACACGUCAACAAUGAUGUGAACCUUCGCAUUCAGAACUUGACCAUCUUGGUGAGAAACAUUAAGACCUACUACCAGAUGAAGAAACAGGCCCAGAGAAGUUGUGACCUGCCUCCGUGUUUGGUGUUGGGUCUGGAACUGGAGCCUAAGGCUGCUGCUCCCAACCCAACGCUCUUCCCACUCUGCCCUGACACCGAAGAGCCCAUCCUCGCAAGAGGCCAGACGUACAAGCGUGAAGCAGUUGAGAUCAAAGCACCAGACUGGGCCAUUCAGAAAAUACACCAUAGAAGAAAUCGGGAUGGAGGCAGGGAGAUGGGCUUUGAUGGGAGAGAGGAGUGAGCUGGGUCUUGCAGGAAAGGCCUGAUUUGGAUGGAAGACAGUUCUGACAUCCCUCCAUGAGGGCUCUCACCAAGGCUGUGGGGAGAAAGUGCAAAAGCUGCCACCCUCAGCUCUCUCGGUGUGUCAGGUUUGAAAGUACUUUUUUUCAGGAGCAGGAAGAAUGGGUGACUUUCUGGGCAUUGAGAAUGCAGAGAAGACAAAAUCCUAGACCCCAAAGAUUCUUUCCACGUUUGCCAGCUGGUUUGUCCCACCUGCCCUUUGCCCGGCACCUGUGCUCUGGUGGUGUUGAGACUUGGGGUGUGUAGCCCUUGUGGUCCCUUUGGUAGCGUGUGAUGCGUCCUGUGGGUCACAGCCCCCUUUGUAGGACAGGCUCCCCACGGAGUAGCCCCUGCACCUUUAACUUCCACCCAACCAGUGCCUCUUUGGGAGCCGUUGUGUGAUGCAGGUGUGGCAUAUUCCGUGAUGGGAGCAGCUGCUGUCAGCGGGUUAAACAAAGGGUGGAUCAAGGCAUACACUGCUUCACGUCCCAGUUUUUAGCUCAUUUUUCUUGCAGCAUGAGGAGUCAGUUUGGCCCUUACAGGAAGGAGUUGCUUGAUUUUUCCACCAGCCACGUUACUCUACCCUUGUGUGUCGUCACUCCCCCAAUUUCACAGUCUCCUUGGCCAGUGGUUGGAGUCACAGAGACCUGCUCGGGGCAGGGGGCUGCAAGUCAGAAACGCUUCCUGGAGCCUCUGCAGGUUCACCAGCAGGAAUCCUGUAUCCACGCUCCGCCCGCCCCUUCUUCCUCUUCCCCGCUGCACUUCUUUCUCUCCCACUUCUGGGCUGUCCUCCAAAAACGUUCGGAGUGCUUCAUUUUAAUAAGCACAUAGGGAAAAAAAUUUCAAAGCAUGUAAUUGUGGUUAUGUAAGAAAACACCAGUAUUCUUUAGAGAUGCCUUCUGAUGGAGGGGUGAGAUGACAAGGUGCUGGAGUUUGCUUUUUUUUUUUUUUUUUUUUUUUUAACAAAGGGAAGAAAGAUGGAUGAAGCAAAGCUUGCACUGUUGAAUUGGCAUGUUGGGUACAUGGGGGUUCAUUGUACUGUUGUCUCUCCUUUUAUUUACAUCUGAAAAUUUUCACAUUAACAGUGCCUAAAAGUGUAUAAGAUUCUACUGAAAACUUUGUGCGUAUAAUCUUUGGUGCUCUUCCAUAAAACUGCUUUAACCUGCUUAGAGAUGCGUGUCUGGCUGACAUGCCAGCACUUUGCUCUCUGGCCUUGCUUCUCCCUCCUGCUUGUUGAAACUGAUGUGCUCCUUUGUGUAGUGUUUUCUGAAAAGUUGUAGUACGUUCAACCACCCCAACGUGACGAGAAUUCUAUCAAUAACAUUUUACAAAGGUUUUGGAUACUUUUGCAUAAAUGGUAAUGUGAGUUUUGUUUUUAUUGGAUAAACAUUUAUUGAGCACCUCUGUAUGAAGACAAAACACAUAUGAGGGAAUGAAUGCUGUGGGGCAGGGGCCCUGCCACUCUCAAGAUCAACUAGAAGCUGGGAGGUGUGGGUCCUUUUAGGACCCCACCCCAUAGCACGGAGGUGCUUUCUCACAGUACGUUUGUUCAGGCCCCAAUAUCUCAUUCCCUUUGAAGAGACUGUAACACCUAUAUUCAACGCCAAACACCUUUGCCUUUACUUAAGUUUUCUCAUCCUGUUCUCAGGGUAAACUCUUUCUCCACUAAUUAAACUUCUUACAGGCAGAGAAAGUUGAUUUUUUUUUAUGUUGGUUUCAGGCAGGCCCACCGGAAAUGGGGAAGAAGGAGUCAGGCACUCCAGUGGGAAGCCCAGGUGCCGGUGUAGGUACAGACCUGGCCAUGGAAGGCCAUCGCUGGCACCUGGCGCCUAGGAGAGUAGGUGCUGGAAUGGAGUGGAAGGAGGUGAGCUCACGGAGUCCUCUCUGGGGCACUGUCCACAUCCUGCUCACGUGGGCCUAAUGCGAGGAGGUGAGGAGUGGGGCAGUGAAUGACGGACUGAGAAAAUGCUGGCCCUGGGAGACCGGGUCAGACUUUGCGGUGGCUCGUCCCAUGGGCCCCCAGAGACAGAGGCCAGAUUCUGUACACACACUGUCCUGGGGUGUCUGUGUUUCAGCCCCUGACCCCAAGCUUGACCCUACUGGGAUGUACUUCUUGAUGUAAUCCUCUGACUGCAGUGUCAUCCUUACCCUUCCAAUCCUCUCCCUCCGGCAAGAAUUGGCCUGUUGAGUGGGAGGCCUUGGUGGGAGGGACACCCGGUUUUAGAGUCACGUUGGCUGGGGGCCAAGAGCCAGCUUUCGCACAGAGUAGUUUGUGACGCUGGGUCAUCGUUUGCUCCCUGUGAAGGAGGCGCUGACCCGGGGAGUUGGGAGGGAUCAAAGGUCUUGGUGGCUAGUGUGUCGCCAGUGAUCACUGCAGUGUUUCUCAUCCACUGCGGAGGGAGUGCAGAUUGGUGCAGGCACUUUGGAAAACAGUCUGGCAUUAAAGCCUAAAGCUCAACAUCCACAUGCCCUCCGGCCCAGCUGAUUUCACGCCUAGGUGUGUACUGGAGAGAAACUCCUGUGCGUGGACUCCGGGAGACUUGUACGAGAGCGUUCACAGCGUUUCUGUGCACAGCAGCAAAAGGCUGGAAGCAGCCCAGAUACCCAUCAGCGGGGGAAUGGAUGAAUACGCUGAGACGUGACCAUACAAUGGAAUAUUAUACAGCUGUCCAGACAGAUUAACUGCAGCAGCACGCAAUGAUGUAGACGGAUUUCAGCAGUGUCAUAAAUAUUAGAUAAAAAGAGGAUGUGCUCCCAAAGAUUACAUACAGCACUAAUCCUUUUCUGAUAAAGUCAAAAGUAACUAAAAUAAAUGUGCUUUUUAGGAACAUUUUACAGAUGCAGUAAAACUGUAAAAAAAAAAAAAAAAAAAAAAAAUGGCAGGGGAAUGUGCACUUCUGAUUGAGGUUGGUGGUAUCUGGGAUGGGAGGGGUCGGGGUGUGGAAUGGGGCACCGUCUGGUUAGAUGUAGGUUAUUGUCGAGGUCCCAGCCUUUGCUGGGGGUGGUGGGUUUGCAGGUGGUUAUUACGUUGUGAAAAAAACUAAAUGAAAGCGAGUCAUGGGUGACUACAGAUGAAUGUCAGCAGCCGAGGAUUACGAUGAAUAAUUAACCCAGUUCUGUGCAUGUCAGGCCCAGCACUCCCCCACUCCCACCCCGACUCGUGUUAGCAAAGGCUGUGAUGGCCCAGUAUUCGCUGGGCUGGGGCGGGGCCUACGUUCCCGUUGCUGCCCUGCCCUACUCCCCACUCCCUGCUUUUGUCCGGCUCAGGCCUCCCUGCUCCACGGUGGUGGCUGCUGGCUGGAGUGACCUCGGCCGGCUUGUGGCUUUGCUCUCCCUUAACCACUUGCUUCCUAUCUGUGUCACACGAUCGGUGCCUUGUUAUAUAUGGCCUCACCCACUAAUCGGUUCCACAUGUGUGUAUCUUUCUAACACGAUGGUGAUUUCCACAAGACCAGAGGUCACGUUUUAUGUCCUCUUAUGUGGCAGAUAACUCCCCUGCUCCUGUGCGCGCGCCCCUUCUUCCUUAAUAAAGGAGCCCCCAGCCUCCCCUCCAGCUGGGCAUGGCCAUGCCGCCGAGGGACACCUAAGUGGCAGUGUUGAGCGCUGCUUCUGAGAAGCCUUCCUAAGAGGAGGUGGCAGCAUGCCUUUCUUUCUUCCCCCUUCCUGCUGCCUGGAGUGCAGUGCGGCGCCCAGGUCCCUGACACCCUGGGGUGGGGGGUAGGGUCUCGUGGUCUGCUGGUCUUCUAAUAGCUUGAACCCUGGGUAAGUCCCUGUUUCCAUGUCUUCGUGGCUCACAGAUGAGUGUAAUUCUCAGGGAUGUAGCGUGUAACCACCCCGCCCCCGUGGCUCUGAGCACCAUGAGUGCGUGCUGAGGGCACCCUGAGUCCUGUGGGUUAAAAAGGUCAGCAGCACCUUGGGUCCCGGGCUCCACUCCCCUGCAGGUGACCUGGGCAGGUCACCUAACUCCUGUGAACGCCACUGGAUCCGGAAGUUGGGAACCGUGCCUGCGACAGCAGAGGUAAAGCAGCAGAGAUGGUCGGCCUUCCAGGGCCGCGUGCCCCAGACGCUCACUUGCUCGGAGCGUAAUUUUCACGGCAGGCUCCCCUGCAGAGUCGUGAACGCCCUCGAGGCCCGCCCCCUGCAGCGGCCUCACUCUCCGGGAGUGGAGACACGUCUGCCCCUGUCGCAGGUGCCCCUCCCGGCCCGACGCUUCUGUCCCUCCCUGUUCACUGUGACUCCUCAGCUUUGCGGACCGUGUGAGAUGAGACGAGCUUGCUUUUUCACGUGGGGGAGCUGUAUUACAGCUUCUGUUUAUUUUUCUUUCUUUAGCAAACUGUCUCGGUGGACACAGGGUGAGAGCCGCUCUGUGCAGGGGGGGCUGGCGGCCGUGCUGGUGUGUGGCGAGCAGCAGAGGGGGCAGCUUACGUGUGCGUGGAGCUGCAGCCAGAGCCAGGCCUGCCCGGAGCAGUUGUGUACCGUGUCCGGCCGCGUUCGGCCUUGCUUUCCUGGAUCUGAGUGGCCAGGGUAGUGGCAGCGUGACCCUUGGCAGGAGAGGCCUCUCCUACCUCGGCAGGCCUGGCGUGUCUGUGGGCCAUCAGCCGUGGCCCGAGCCAGCGCCGUGGCCUAUCCUGCUGCCACCAUCUUACCCCGGGCUCGUGGCCCCAGCUGGGCGGCACAGCACAUCCCGCUUUUCCGCAUCUUUCCUCUCUGCUCCCGGGGAUUUAUGAUGACCGGUUGCCGGCUUUCCAGCGUUCCUCCUGUCCUUUGCGUUCAUUCAGGGAACGUGUAUUUAGAGCUUGUCCCAUGCCCGAUGAGAGCCCCGUUCCUGACUCUGCACUUGAUGGUGGGGGUGGUUGACAAAUGCCCGUCUCCGCCACGAGUCUGAGUUCCAGGCGGGCAGAGGUCCCGUCUGCUUUCACUCGCCAUCACACCCCCAGCUCCUAGUGCACUGCCCGGAGUAGACCCGGGCUUGUUUUAACGAGUAAGUGCUUGCUGAAUGUAUGGAGGAAUGAACGAGUGAAUAUAAGAUUGAGGCAGUUUAUGGGAACACAGAGGACUGUGGCUGAGUCUGAGGAAGCGGGUGCAAACAAAGUAGCCCCCAAAGCCAGCCGCACAAAUGUCCUAAGAGAAGCACUUCGGUAUUUUGAGGCUCUGAGAGGGCAGGACAGGUUGCUCAGGGCGAGAAGCCCGACGUGUUUAUCGACAACCUCUCCCGGGGCCUGAGUGACCCGUGAAGCCUUUCCUGGCCACUGCAGCCUGCGGGGACCGUUCCACCUCCCAACACCUCGGGGUCCCUUCUGAGGAUGCCCGUGGGCUGCAAGCUCACUGGGUUCACGUCUCUUCUCGCCAACCAUGCUGUGAACUCCCUAGGUUCCAGCCCCAGCUUGGUCAUCGCUAGCCAUGUGACCCAAGGCGCAACUGUGCAUCUCAGUUUAUUCCCGUGCCACAGUUCAAGCACCUGCCCCACUGGACACAAGGUGGUGUGGACACACUGGAAAGGGUUGGACCAGAGUGAGAUGUCCCUCACACAUGCCUAACAGAGCCUCCACGUUACUGUGUGCUCACUUAAUGUGCAGAGGUGAGCCUUUAACUUUCUUUGGCUUAGCCUGGAGGAGCCCAUUUGCUGCAGUGGCAAGGUGGGCACUUGUCAUCCUGCUCAAU